GUCUCAGUAAGGGUGUGCCUAACGGAGGGAUGGCCCAGUUUCAGGAGGUGAUGAGGCAGCAGCUGGAGACCUCCAUGCACACGGAGCUGGAGAAACUACUGGACACUGCCACAGGGGGCGACAAGGAGGUACACACACUUCUCCCUCUCCCUGGGUCAAUCUGGGAGGGAUUGUGGCAGUCAGGACAGUGACACAUACUGAAGCAGAGUGUCAGAGAGAGUCCGCCCUCUCUCUCUCUCUCUCACACACACACAGCAUUUACAACCAUUACGUUUAUUUCACACAGACAAACAUGCAGUUAUGACAUACACACACAUAAGCACUUCACAUCAAUGAGGUGUAUAUACACAUUCAAAACACAUGAAAACCAUAUUCAUAUUGGUUGGCUUUGAACAGAAAUGCUGUUUGAUGAUGUGUUAUAAAUCUACUCAUCGAUAAAUCAACCAUAUUCCAUAAACUAUGAACUAUGAUAACAUUCAGCCUACGCCUCAGAUUAUAUUUGCAUGCUUUUUCAUCUAUACUAUGCAGACCUGGGUUGAAAUACUAUUUAAAAUCUUUCAAACAUCUUGAGCGUUUGCUUUAGCCUGCCUGGAGUGCCAGGUGGGCGGAGUUAGCUUUUUUGAGACUUUCUUUAUUGGUUCCAUUGCAACAGGCAAGCUCAAUCUAAUACAGAUACAGUAUUUGAAAUGAUUUCGCAUAUUAUUUGCACCCAGGUCUGAUGCUGUGGUAUAAAGAUGUUCAGACUGACUGUGUUUAUGUUAUAGUCCAAUUUUAAUUUGACGUUAAUGUACCUAGUAUUUACCAAGGAGCUAUCUGGUAACAUUAAUAAUUCAAUGCUAUUGGUAACUGGUGCCCAAUGAUACUUAGUGGUGGUGGCUUCACUGAACUCUAAAGAAACAAAACAGAAGUUACGAGGUAAAUACUAUGUAAAUACCACCAUUUUACAUUCAAUCUCUUGAGUAAAUACCAGGUUAAUAGAGGACUGUAAAACAAAUUAAGUAGUUGUUGUAGCACACAGCCUCUUUCUGUCUAUAUGUAUGAUACAACAAGUAACCCAGCCUCUCUCUGUCUAUAUGUAUGAUACAACAAGUAACCCAGCCUCUCUUUGUCUAUAUGUAUGAUACAACAAGUAACCCAGCCUCUCUCUGUCUAUAUGUAUGGUACAACAAGUAACCCAGCCUCUCUCUGUCUAUGUUUGUAUGCCACCUGGGGAGAACGGAAUAUGCUGAAGACACAUUUUUGUUGCUCAUGUAGUAAAUAUAUGUAUUUUUUUUGUAUUUUUCGUAUAUAUUUCCCUAUCACACUUUUCAUCCUUCUAUUAAAUAUACUUUCUUACAACCCGCCUCACUCAAUGUGGAACGGAUUCUAUUAUUGACGUACCCUUUAUCUAGAAUCUCCAGUUGAAACUAGCUAGCCAGCUAACUAGCUACUUGCUAUUAGCCACCAUUAGCGGUUUUCACCCAGAACAUCGUAUUUUCUGCCGGAAUAACUGAAUCACUGGACCUUAACACCGGAUCGCAACUAGCUAGCCGCAACCGAAUGGAUGUUGCUGUUGGCUAAUCACCACUGCCCCUGAAGCAAGCACCAGUUAGCCUUGAGCUAGCCUCGAGCCAGGCCCAUAUCCCGGCUAUCUACCUCUCUGUCUACCGGACAGGAGUAGCCAGCUAACUAGCUACUUGCUAUUAGCCACCGUUAGCGUUUUUUCACCAUUGUCCGUGGCCUGCACUACCUACCAGCCAGCUCUAGCCUGGACUAUUAUGGGCCAGUCUGCACAGCGCGUUAUCAACCCAGAACAUAUCGGAUUUUCUGCCGGAAUCACUGAAUCACUGGACCUUUAACACCGGAUCAUCGCAACUAGCUAGCUGCAACCAAAUGGAUGUUGUUGGCUAAUCAGCCUUGAGCUAGCCUCGAGUCAGACCCAUCUGCCGGCUAUCUACCUCUCUGUCAACAUGACGGGACCUCCUAGAGUCGACACGGAGCCCCGCCGAUCCAUCACGACUGGUCUGCUGACGUAAUCGUCUGUGGUUUCAACAGGCUUCCCGUUGCGAUGACCAUGUAGAUCCAUCUGCUAGCCCCGGCCCGCUAGCACACGCAAACAACAGCCGUGCUUCCUGCUUGCCUGUGCUGUAGCACCAAUUCAAACUGCUCUCGGACUCACAUAUUGCUGUUCACUGGACCUUUAUGAUCACUCAGCUGCACAGCUGAUGCCUGCUGGACUGUUCCUUUACACGGUACCCUGUCCUGUUUAUCUGUUUAGCCUCAGCCCAAACUUUCAUCGCCAUUACCAGUUGUUGUCUUAGCUCUCUCGAAUAACACCUGUGAUUGCUUUAUGCCUCUCUCCCAUGUCAAUAUGCCUUGCCUAUUGCUGUUCCAGUUAGUUCUUAUUAUACAAUUUCACUGUAGAGCCCCAAGUCCCUCUCAAACUGCCUCAAAUAGCUCCUUUGGUCCACCCCCCCAUACACGCGGAGACCGGCUCAAUCGGUGCCUCCAGUCAUGCUAUCUCUUUCAUUGUUCCCCAACGCUUAGGUUUACCUCCACUGUACUCAUAUCCUUACAUAUCCUUGUCUGUACAUAAUGCCCUGAAUCUAUUCUACAACGCCUGGAAAUCUGCCCCCUUUAUUCUCUGUACCCAACGCACUAGAAGACCAGUUCUUAAAGCCUUUAGCCGUAUCCUUAUUCUAGUCCUCCUCUGUUCCUCUGGUGAUGUAGAGGUUAACUCAGGCCCUGCAGCCCCCAGUAUCACUCCUACUCCCCAGGAGCUAUCAUUUGUUGACUUCUGUAACCGUAAAAGCCUUGGUUUUUUGCAUGUUAAUAUCAGAAGCCUCAUCCCUAAGUUUGAGUUAUUCACUGCGUUAGCACACUCCGCCAACCCUGAUGUUCUAGCAGUGUCUGAAUCCUGGCUUAGGAAGGCCACCAGAAAUUCAGAAAUGUCCCUCCCCAACUACAACAUUUUCCGUCUAGAUAGAACUGCCAAAGGGGGUGGAGUUGCAAUCUACUGUAGAGAGAGCCUGCAGAGCUCUAUCAUACUAUCCAGGUCUGUGCCCAAACAGUUUGAGCUUCUACUUCUAAAAAUCCACCUUUCCAGAAAUAAGUCUCUCACUGUUGCCGCUUGCUACAGACCCCCCUCAGCCCCCAGCUGUGCCCUGGACACCAUAUGUGAAUUGAUUGCCCCCCAUCUAUCCUCAGAUUUCGUACUGCUUGGUGACCUAAACUGGGAUAUGCUUAACACCCCGGCCGUCCUACAAUCCAAACUAGAUGCCCUCAAUCUCCCACAAAUUAUCAAGGAACCUACCAGGUACAACCCUAAAUCCGUAAACAUGGGCACCCUUAUAGAUAUCAUCCUGACUAAUUUACCCUCUAAAUACACCUCCGCUGUCUUCAACCAGGAUCUCAGCCAUCACUGCCUUAUUGCCUGCGACCGUAAUGGGCCCGUGGUCAAACGCUCCCUAAAACAAUUUAGCGAGCAGGCCUUCCUAAUUGACCUGGCCCAGGUAUCCUGGAUGGAUAUCGAUCUCAUUCCGUCAGUAGAGGAUGCCUGGUUGUUCUUUAAAAGUGCUUUCCUCUCAAUCUUAAAUAAGCAUGCCCCAUUCAAAAAAAAUCAGAACUAACAACAGAUAUAGCCCCUGGUUCUCCUCAGACUUGACUGCCCCUGACCAGCACAAAAACCUCCUGUGGCGAACCGCAUUAGCAUCGAAUAGCCCCCGCGAUAUGCAACUUUUCAGGGAAGUUAGGAACCAAUAUACACAAGCAGUUAGGAAAGCAAAGGCUAACUUUUUCAAACAGAAAUGUGCGUCCUGUAGCACUAACUCCAAAGAGUUUUGGGACACUGUAAAAUCCAUGGAGAAUAAGAGCACCUCCUCCCAACUGCCCACUGCACUGAGGCUAGGAAACACUGUCACCACCGAUAAAUCUACAAUAAUCGAGAAUUUCAACAAGCAUUUUGCUAUGGCUGGCCAUGCUUUCCACCUGGCUACCACUACCCCGGCCACCAGCUCUACACCCUCCGCUGCAACUUGCCCAUGCCCCCCCCCCCCCCCGCUUCUCCUUCACACAAACUCAGACAGCUGAUGUUCUGAAAGAGCUUCAAAAUCUGGACCCCUACAAAUCAUCUGGGCUAGAUAAUCUGGACCCUUUCUUUCUAAAAUUAGCCGCCGAAAUUGUCGCAACCCCUAUUACUAGCCUGUUCAACCUCUCUUUUGUAACAUCUGAGAUCCCCAGAGAUUGGAAAGCUGCCGCGGUCAUCAAAGGGGGUGACACUCUAGAUCCAAACUGUUACAGACCUAUAUCCAUCCUGCCCUGCCUUUCGAAAGUUUUUGAAAGCCAAGUUAACAAACAGAUCACCGACCAUUUCGAAUCACACUGUACCUUCUCCGCUAUGCAAUCCGGUUUCCGAGCUGGUCAUGGGUGCACCUCAGCCACGCUCAAGGUCCUAAACGAUAUUAUAACCGCGAUCGAUAAUAGACAGUACUGUGCAGCCGUCUUCAUCGACCUGGCCAAGGCUUUUGACUCUUGUCAACCACCACAUUCUCAUUGGCAAACUAAAUAGCCCUGGUUUCUCAAAUGACUGCCUCGCCUGGUUCACCAACUACUUCUCAGAUAGAGUUCAAUGUGUCAAAUCGGAGGGCCUGUUGUCUGGACCUAUGGCAGUCUCUAUGGGUUGCCAAAGGGUUCAAUUCUAGGGCCGACUCUUUUCUCUGUGUAUAUCAAUGAUGUCGCUCUUGCUGCUGGUGACUCUCAGAUCCACCUCUACGCAGACGACACCAUUUUGUAUACAUCUGGCCCUUCAUUGGACACUGUGUUAACAAACCUCCAAACGAGCUUCAAUGCCAUACAACACUCCUUCCUAUUUCGCAACAAAGCCUCCUUCAAUCAUGCUGCCAAACAUGCCCUCGUAAAACUGACUAUCCUACCGAUCCUUGACUUCGGCGAUGUCAUUUACAAAAUAGCCUCCAACACUCUACUCAGCAAAUUGGAUGUAGUCUAUCACAGUGCCAUCCGUUUUGUCACCAAAGCCCCAUAUACUACCCACCACUGUUGGCUGGUCCUCACUACAUAUUCGUUGCCAAACCCACUGGCUCCAGGCCAUCUAUAAAUCACUGCUAGGCAAAUCCCCAUCUUAUCUUAGCUCAUUGGUCACCAUAGCAACACCCACCCGUAGUAUGCGCUCCAGCAGGUAUAUCUCACUGGUCAUCCCCAAAGCCAACACCUCCUUUGGCUGUCAUUCCUUCCAGUUCUCUGCUGCCAAUGACUGGAACGAACUGCAAAAAUCUCUGAAGCUGGAGACUCUUAUCUCCCUCACUAUCUUUAAGCAUCAGUUGUCAGAGCACCUUACCGAUCACUGCACCUGUACACAGCCCAUCUGAAAUUAGGCCACCCAACUACCUCAUCCCCAUAUUGUUAUUUAUUUUGCUCAUUUGCACCCCAGUAUCUCUAUUUGCACAUCAUCUCUUGCACAUCUAUCAUUCCAGUGUUAAUACUAAUUGUAACUAUUUUGCACUAUGGCCUAUUUAUUGCCUUACCUCCAUAACUUACUACAUUUGCACACACUGUAUAUAUAUUUUCUGUUGUAUUUUUGACUUUAUGUUUUGUUUUACCCCAUAUGUAACUCUGUGUUGUUUUUAUUGCACUGCUUUGCUUUAUCUUGGCCAGGUUGUAGUUGUAAAUUACCAGGCUUACCUGGUUAAAUAAAGGUAAAAUAAAAUAAAAUAAAGUAAUGUUGUUCUUCUAACGUAUACUCCUUGUGUAUUCCAGAUCUCCAAGAAGGACUUUGAAGGAUUCAAGAAGCUGUUUCACAGGUUUCUGCAGGUGAAGGGGCCAUCGGUGGACUGGCCCAAGAUACACAGACCUCCAGAAGACUCAGUAAGGCUCAAACAAAAACCCUGUGUGUGUCUGAGUGUGUGUGUCUGUGCGUGCAUAUAAUGUACAUUGUGUGUGUGUGUGUGUGUGUGUGUGUGUGUGUGUGUGUGUGUGUGUGUGCGUGUGUGUGUGUGUGUGUGUGUGUGUGUGUGUGUGUGUCUGUGAGCUCAUCAGUGAGUGGUCCAGUAAUACGGUGUGAUGAAGUGGACUCUAUCAGGCAGAUGGGCACAGUGGAGGCCAAGGGGAGAGCUCACACAGAGAGGCCAGCGUUUGGGUCUCUUCCUCUGGGCACGCAGCCAGCUGGCUCCCCCUGUCUGCCAGAGCUCCCUCCACAACCCCCAAGCUUUCUCUCACAACUGACUGGGACCAGAAACCCAGACCAGAGAAGAGACAGAAUAGAGAGAGAGAGACAGAAUAGAGAGAGAGAGAUACAGAAUAGAGAGAGAGGGAGAGAGAAUAGAGAGAGAGAGAGAGACAGAAUAGAGAGAGAGAGAGAGAGAGAGAGACAGAAUAGAGAGAGAGAGAGAGAGAGAGAGAGAGAGACAGAAUAGAGAGACACAGAAUAGAGAGAGACACAGAAUAGAGAGAGAGAAUAGAGAGAGAGAGAGAGACAGAAUAGAGAGAGAGAGAGACAGAAUAGAGAGAGAGAGAAAGACAGAAUAGAGAGAGAGAGAGAGAAAGACAGAAUAGAGAGAGAGAGAGACCGAAUAGAGAGAAAGAGAGAGAGAGAGAGAGGAAUGUCUCAUUACAAUACGUUUUGUGGAUAGGGAGAGGAAGUGACAGAGAGGGAGCACCUUAAGAGAUUGAGAUUUUUCGUGCACAUUUUCGUUUACGUGUAGCACUGCACAUAUACAGUGGGGGAAAAAGUAUUUAGUCAGCCACCAAUUGUGCAAGUUCUCCCACUUAAAAAUAUGAGAGAGGCCUGUAAUUUUCAUCAAAUACUUAUUUUCCACCAUAAUUUGCAAAUAAAUUCAUAAAAAAUCCUACAAUGUGAUUUUCUGGAAUUUCUUUUCUCAUUUUGUCUGUCAUAGUUGACGUGUACCUAUGAUGAAAAUUACAGGCCUCUCUCAUCUUUUUAAGUGGGAGAACUUGCACAAUUGGUGGCUGACUAAAUACUUUUUUCCCCCACUGUACAUUUGUGUGUGUGUGAGAAAGAGGUGGGGCUGGGUGUGAAAUGACCAUUGAUGUCUUUGUUGCUAUGUACCAGCAGUCUUCAAAAUGAGUGAUGGGUAGUAUGUAUGUGUGUGAUGUUGGGGUGUUUGAGUGUUUUACAAGCAAUUUGUGAUGUAUGACUUGAGGGUGUGUGUUCUGCAUACGUGAGGAGAGCAGAGCCUAAAGAUCCUUUAAUCACAUGAUCUAUUCUAUGUCACAGAGUCACAGGGCUCCAUACUAACAUGUUCUAUUCUAUGUCACAGAGUCACAGGGCUCCAUACUUACAUGUUCUAUUCAAUGUCACAGAGUCACAGGGCUCCAUACUAACACGUUCUAUUCUAUGUCACAGAGUCACAGGGCUCCAUACUAACAUGUUCUAUUCUAUGUCACAGAGUCACAGGGCUCCAUACUAACAUGUUCUAUUCUAUGUCACAGAGUCACAGGGCUCCAUACUAACAUGUUAUAUUCUAUGUCACAGAGUCACAGGGCUCCAUACUAACAUGUUCUAUUCUAUGUCACAGAGUCACAGGGCUCCAUACUAACAUGUUCUAUUCUAUGUCACAGGGCUCCAUACUAACAUGUUCUAUUCUAUGUCACAGAGUCACAGGGCUCCAUACUAACAUGUUCUAUUCUAUGUCACAGAGUCACAGGGCUCCAUACUAACAUGUUAUAUUCUAUGUCACAGAGUCACAGGGCUCCAUACUAACAUGUUCUAUUCUAUGUCACAGAGUCACAGGGCUCCAUACUAACAUGUUCUAUUCUAUGUCACAGGGCUCCAUACUAACAUGUUCUAUUCUAUGUCACAGAGUCACAGGGCUCCAUACUAACAUGUUCUAUUCUAUGUCACAGAGUCACAGGGCUCCAUACUAACAUUUUCAGUUGGUGGCAGCCUAUGAUUUGGUCACACCACAAUUACUGUGGGGUCACGCAAUAGAACAAAUUAGUAGCCUCAUCGUUUUAUAAAGUUAUUCAAAGUGUUUCAUGCAGAAGUGUACUAGACUACGAUAUGAUUCCAGAAAUAAAAAUGUUAUUCUAACAUCAUGUUCAAGCACGAAUGCAUGAUUGUAGAUAUUUUGAUGUGCAACCUAAACCAGUGAUUGUCAUGAAUUUAGGGUUUGACAACUAGGCAAUUGUUGUUAUUAUUUUACGAUCAAAAUAGGGUUAAAUCUUUUUGGGCACUAAUAUCACGUAGGUUAAUUAAUUUAAUUCAGUUCCACUAUUCUUUUGGAGGGUUCCACCAUUCUUUUGGAGGGUUCCACCAUUCUUUUGGAGGGUUCCACCAUUCUUUUGGAGGGUUCCACCAUUCUUUUGGAGGGUUCCACCAUUCUUUGGAUGGUUCCACCAUUCUUUGGAUGGUUCCACCAUUCUUUGGAGGGUUCAUCUUGCUCUCACUGCUGUUCCUCCGUAUUUAUUAAAAACAAAAAGAGAUAGAAUUGACCAAUCUCCUUUUGAUCUUCUUUCAGAUUUUUUUUCACUUUCUGAUAAGACAGUGGGAAGUUACAAAGAGAUAAGGGCUUGACAGAAAGACUGAGAUGGGGUCCGGAGUAGGCAGCGCUUCCAUUAGAACAGACUCCAGCACAACCUCCCUAUUCUUCAGAGUUCUUUUAGCUGCCAUUGCUGUUCAUUGUAAACCAAGCCUGUACACCUGGGCUAGGUAGCUUUUCUGUCACCUUGGAUAGUUGUCUUGAAAACCCUCAACAAUAGAAAAAGGUAUUCUUCUGGUUCUAAGGUAACUGUGUAGAGCUCACUAGUAUAAAGAGAGGGGGAGAGGUUCCUUUCUUGUGGAAUUAUUUUAUAAUUCUCCACAUCGUCAUAGGAAAUUCUAUCUGGUAACCUGUAUAUCCUGUUUCUGACACGUCAGCUUCACUGUGAGAUGAUAAAAAGGUCAUUUACCAAUGUUAAAGCGGCAAUCAGUAGUAGAAACAAUAACAAAGUGAGUUCCCCGCCCGUUUCGGUAAAAAGCUUAGGGAUGAGGCUGGAGUAAUUCAACCACUCUCAAAUUCAUAGACGGAGCAUCCAUGAUAUCAAAAUUAUAGUUUUAACCAUGUUUUGAGGCUAUAUAGUGCUUGUUUACUUUGAUUACAAACAUUGGAGUAAAACAAGUUUCUAUUUUGGUUUCUGAUGGGGUACAACAGUUGAACUAAGCUCAUGAGGCAUUUAUAAGUUAUAUUCUUCAAGAAUCAUUGGGUACAUGUCAUUAAUUAAUAAGUCCAAACAUUAAUGUAUCAACUGCUGAUUGGCCCUUUUUAAGGAGCAUUGUGUCAUGUGGUAGUAAUGACAGGUAAUAGGGAGGGAGGAAGUGCCUCUUCAGCUCACAUCCCCAUCUCUCAUCUUGGCUCCAUUCAGGACCAGGUUUCUCACAUGCCCAUCUCUCAUCUUGGCUCAGUUCAGGACCAGGUUUCUCACAUCCCAAUCUCUCACCUUGGCUCAGUUCAGGACCAGGUUUCUCACAUCCCCAUCUCUCAUCUUGGCUCAGUUCAGGACCAGGUUUCUCACAUCCCAAUCUCUCACCUUGGCUCAGUUCAGGACCAGGUUUCUCACAUCCCCAUCUCUCAUCUUGGCUCAGUUCAGGACCAGGUUUCUCACAUCCCAAUCUCUCACCUUGGCUCAGUUCAGGACCAGGUUUCUCACGUCCCCAUCUCUCAUCUUGGCUCAGUUCAGGACCAGGUUUCUCACAUCCCCAUCUCUCAUCUUGGCUCAGUUCAGGACCAGGUUUCUCACAUCCCCAUCUCUCAUCUUGGCUCAGUUCAGGACCAGGUUUCUCCAACCUUGCAAGUCUUCUCUACUUUCAUCCAGGAUGGCCUUUUUUAGAUUAGUGUUUCUUAAUCAUGGUAGUGUUUGCCCCAGCACUACCCACCUGAUUCAAAUCAUCGAAGCGUGUUGAUGAGUUUAUCAUUUGAAUCAGCUGUGUGCACCCUUUUGGGUCCCCAGGACCAGGAUGAAGAAACCCUGUUUUAGAUCAUAAUAAAUAAGAUGAUGGACAGGGGGGACCUGAUCCCAGACCAGGCCUGCUGCUCUGAAUGGACAGGGGGGACCUGAUCCCAGACCAGGCCUGCUGCUCUGAAUGGACAGGGGGGACCUGAUCCCAGACCAGGCCUGCUGCUCUGAAUGGACAGGGGGGACCUGAUCCCAGACCAGGCCUGCUGCUCUGAAUGGACAGGGGGGACCUGAUCCCAGACCAGGCCUGCUGCUCUGAAUGGACGGGGGGGACCUGAUCCCAGACCAGGUCUGCUGCUCUGAAUGGACAGGGGGGACCUGAUCCCAGACCAGGCCUGCUGCUCUGAAUGGACGGGGGGGACCUGAUCCCAGACCAGGCCUGCUGCUCUUCAUCCAGUUGAACUGAUUUGAGCUCAGUUCAAAAGCACAGUUGCUUGCUGUAGUACCGCUCAGUGCAGGGCUACUCAGUGAAAAUGUCAAGAUCUCACACAUCCAACUUGUUCAGGUGCAAUGUCUACAACUGUGAUUUAUUGAGACUUUAUUUAUUAUUUAUUUAACCUUUUAUUUAACCAGACAAGUCAAGUUAAGAUCAAAUUCUUAUUUAGACACACAGACAACAUUUCGAUCCCCCUGAGAUUUUCGUCAGGUCCGAUGUUGAGUUGAGGACAGACAUACUCAGGAUUAGGGUUUUAAAUCACAGGGUUGCAAUAGUUUUUUUCUCAGUAUAAAAGUACAGUAUUGCCAUAUUCUCCCUCAGUAUAAAAUUACAGCAUUGCCAUAUUCUCCCUCAGUAUAAAAGUACAGCAUUGCCAUAUUCUCCCUCAGUAUAAAAUUACAGCAUUGCCAUAUUCUCCCUCAGUAUAAAAGUACCGUAUUGCCAUAUUCUCCCUCAGUAUAAAAGUACAGUAUUGCCAUAGUUUUCUCUGUUUUAAACCACAGGGUUGCCAUAGUUUUCUCUGUUUUAAACCACAGUAUUGCCAUAGUUUUCUCUGUUUUAAACCACAGGGUUGCCAUAGUUUUCUCUGUUUUAAACCACAGGGUUGCCAUAGUUUUCUCUGUUUUAAACCACAGGGUUGCCAUGUCUCCAGGGAUGCUCUUUGAAGUCCAUUCUCUGAGCUGUGUGCGUCAGUCGUACUAUUGAGUAUUCUAAUCCAGUGCCAACACACAGUCUGCAUCCCUAAGGGCACCCUAUUCCCUAUAUAGGGGACUCUGGUCAGAAGCAGUGCACUAGAUAGGGAAUAGGGUGUCAUUUGGGAUGCACACACAGCCUUUGUGGUAAUGACAUCCAGAAACGGUUCCAUUUCCCUUUGGUCUCUGAGCAGGGGGAGGGGGGGGGGAUAUGGGCUGUGUUCCAAACCAGCGUCCCAAAUGGAACACUUAUUCCCUUUUAUAGCGCACUUUCCUUGAGACUUCACCUUGAACUCAGUCACAGUUGGGAAGGGAUGGAGAAUAAAGGAAAGGAAAGUGAAAGUGAAGAGGAAUCAGGCAUGCAGUGUUGUUGUUGGUGUGUGUGGAUGUUGGGCUGUGGAGAAGUGUUUCUGGAAGGAAGAUCCUUUAGUUGUGGUUUCAGUUCAGGAGCGGCCCAUGUCCUCUCGAUGUCUGGAUGCCCCUGUAUCCUCUCUGGGAUGUCUUGUUGCUGUUCUGAUAAACACUGACUGUCUGGAAGCAGAGUUUACAUCGGGAGGAGAGGGGGAGGAGGCUAAGUGCUAUGGACGACCUGAAGCUAAAUUGGGCCUAGCUACUGCGCACACACAGACACACACAGACCUUCACAUGCCACACACACACACCACACACACAAACACACAGACAUGCACAUGCCAACAACCCACACACACACCACACUAGACACUGUCACAUGCACACACACACACUUAGACACUGUCACAUGCACACCACACACACACAGACACUGUCACAUGCACACACACACACACAGACACUGUCACAUGCACACACACACACGACACUGUCACAUGCGCACACACACACACACACACACACUUAGACACUGUCACAUGCACACACACACACAGACACUGUCACAUGCACACACACACAGACACUGGCACACACACACACACACACACACACACACCACUGUCACAUGCACACACACACACACAGACACUGUCACAUGCGCGCACACACACACACAGGGGGGACUUAAUUUGAGAUUAUAGCUGGCUAGGGAUAUGACAAGCUCUCCUGCUGUAACUGCAGCGCUAUUCUAUCUAUCGGUCGAUCUAUCUAUCGCUCGAUCGACCGACCGACCGCAUUCGGAAAGUAUUCAGACCCCUUGACUUUUUCCACAUUUUGUUACGUUACAGCCUUAUUCUAAAAUUGAUUAAAUUGUUUUUCUAUGGACAAUUCCUUCGACUUCAUGGCUUGGUUUUUGCUAUGACAUGCACUGUCAACUGUGGGACCUUUAUAUAGACAGGUGUGUUCCAAAUAAUUUCCAAUCAAUUGAAUUUACAACAGGUGGACUCUAAUCAAGUUGUAGAAACAUCUCAAGGAUGAACAAUGGAAACAGGAUGCACCUGAGCUCAAUUUCUAGUUUCAUAACAAAGGGUCUGAAUACUUAUGUAAAUAAGGUAUUUCUAUUUUGUAUUUUUAAUACAUUUAUAAAAACCUGUUUUCGUUUUGUCAUUAUUGGGUAUUAUAUCAUCCGUUUUAGAAUAAGGCUGUAACGUAACAAAAUGUGGAAAAAGUCAAGGGGUCUGAAUACUUUCCGAAUGCAGUGUACAAAACAUUAAGGACACCUGCUCUUUCCAUGACAUAGACUGACCAGGUGAAUCCAGAUUAAAGUUAUGAUCCCUUAUUGAUGUCAAUUGUUAAAUCCACUUCAAUCAGUGUAGAUGAAGGGGAGGAGACAGGUUAAAUAUGGAUUUUUAAGCUUUGAGACAAUUGAGACAUGGAUUGUGUAUGUGUGCCAUUCAGAGGGUGAAUGGGAAAGACAAAAAAUCUAAGUACCUUUUCAAUGGGGUAUGGUAGUAGGUGCCAGGCACACCGGUUUGUGUCAAGAACUGCAACGCUGCUGUUUUCACGCUCAACAGUUUCCUGUGUGUAUCAAGAAUGGUCCACCACCCAAAGGACAUCCAGCCAACUUGACACAACUGUGGGAAGCUGUGGAGUCAACAUUGGCCAGCAUCCCUGUGGAACACUUUCGACACCUUGUAGAGUCCAUGCCCUGACGAAUUGAGGCUGUUCUAAGGGGAAAAGGCAGGGGGGGAGGAGGAGUGCUCUUAAUGUUUUGUAUAUUCAGUGUCUCUCUCUCUCUCUCUCUGUGUCUGUGUGUGUUGUCAUUGAGUCACAUGGUUUGCUUUAACUAACUCAGCUGGGACAGUUUUUGUUUUGGGGAGAGGAAGGGGAGAGAGGGGUCAGGGCUGGACCCUUGGCACACCAUAUAGCAUGUCAUAGUGUGACUCAUUUCUGAUGACACACACACAUUAAUCUUCGGUCCACAUUCAGGGAGACACAUCUGGAGGUAAUGAUGUGUCCUCCUGCAACAGCUUAUUGGUAGAUUCCAGCACAUUCACAUUUUCUGCUUUUUAGCUUUUGAACCUGUUUUAAAAAUGCAAUAGGCCUACAUUUUUUUCAUUGUAUAAAAACCUUGCGUGCUAUCACAACAGCUGUACUCCCUGUUCACCCAUGACUGCAUGGCCAAGCACGACUCCAACACCAUCAUUAAGUUUGCCAACGACACAAUAGUUGUAGGCCUGAUCACCGACAACGAUGAGAAAGCCUAUAGGGAGUAGAUCAGAGACCUGGCCGUGUGGAUGCCAGGAUAACAACCUCUCCCUCAACGUGACCAAGACAAAGGAGAGGAUUGUGGACUACAGGAAAAGGAGGACCGAGCACGGCCCCAUUCUCAUCGACGGGGCUGUAGUGGAGCAGGUUGAGAGCUUCAAGUUCCUUGGUGUCCACAUCACCAACAAACUAGCAUGGUCCAAACACACCAAGACAGUCGUGAAGAGGGCACGACAAAGCCUAUUUCCCCUCAGGAGACUGAAAAGAUUUGGCAUGGGUCCUCAGAUCCUCAAAAAGUUAUACAGCUGCACCAUCGAGAGCAUCCUGACAACUGCUCGGCCUCCGACCGCAAGGCACUACAGAGGGUAGUGCGUACGGCCCAGUAUAUCACUGGGGCAAAGCUUCCUGCCAUCCAGGACCUCUAUACCAGGCAGUGUCAGAGGAAGGCCCAAAAAAUUGCCAAAGACUCCAGCCACCCUAGUCAUAGACUGUUCUCUCUGCUACCGCACGGCAAGUCUAGGUCCAAAAGGCUUCUUAACAGCUUCUACCCCCAAGCCAUGAGACUCCUGAACAGCAAAUCAAAUGGCUACCAGUGUGUUAGGCUGUAACCAGUGUGUUAGGGUGUAUCCAGUGUGUUAGGCUGUAUCCAGUGUGUGUUGGGCUGUAUCCAGUGUGUGUUGGGCUGUAUCCAGUGUGUGUUGGGCUGUAUCCAGUGUGUUGGGCUGUAUCCAGUGUGUGUUGGGCUGUAUCCAGUGUGUGUUGGGCUGUAUCCAGUGUGUGUUGGGCUGUAUCCAGUGUGUGUUGGGCUGUAUCCAGUGUGUGUUGGGCUGUAUCCAGUGUGUGUUGGGCUGUAUCCAGUGUGUGUUGGGCUGUAUCCAGUGUGUGUUGGGCUGUAUCCAGUGUGUGUUGGGCUGUAUCCAGUGUGUGUUGGGCUGUAUCCAGUGUGUGUUGGGCUGUAUCCAGUGUGUGUUGGGCUGUAUCCAGUGUGUGUUGGGCUGUAUCCAGUGUGUGUUGGGCUGUAUCCAGUGUGUGUUGGGCUGUAUCCAGUGUGUGUUGGGCUGUAUCCAGUGUGUGUUGGGCUGUAUCCAGUGUGUGUUGGGCUGUAUCCAGUGUGUGUUGGGCUGUAUCCAGUGUGUGUUGGGCUGUAUCCAGUGUGUGUUGGGCUGUAUCCAGUGUGUGUUGGGCUGUAUCCAGUGUGUGUUGGGCUGUAUCCAGUGUGUGUUGGGCUGUAUCCAGUGUGUGUUGGGCUGUAUCCAUUGUUGGCUGUACAGUGUGUGUUGGGCUGUAUCCAGUGUGUGUUGGGCUGUAUCCAGUGUGUGUUGGGCUGUAAUCCAGUGUGUGUUUGGGCUGUAUCCAGUGUGUGUUAGGCUGUAUCCAGUGUGUGUUAGGGUGUAUCCAGUGUGUGUUGGGCUGUAUCCAGUGUGUGUUAGGCCUCAGAUCCAGGCUCUGGUGUCUCAAAGCAGUCAGCAGGACACAGGAUGAGCCAUGACCCUAUGACCCUCCAGUUACUUAGGCUCAAUCACACAUGCACUCAUGUAAACACACACACACACACACCCCAUACUAUUGUGCACACACAGAAACACACACCACACACACACACACACGACAUCUGUUUAAGAUUUGACGCUCCUGGGUGCUCCUUCUCAUUGUGUAUAGUUGUGAACCUCCAGAUAGCCAUUAAAAUGCCAAAGAGCCAAAAGAUUCUGAGUCUGGCCCUCAGGCAACGCUGCAUGCCAUAGGUCAUGUUCAGUCACAAACAGAUGAAGUUACUGCCACUCCUACACUGAGGCACAGAACUGAAGCACAGAACUGACUGUAAUAUUGGCUCAACAGGUAACACUCUCUUCUUUCCAGUGAAUAGCACAUCAGACAUGUAAAGCUAAAACACAGUUCGAACCCAGUUCAGCUGGUCCUCCAGCAAUUUCCCAUGAUCUCUGUGUUAAUGUCCUGAACAUACAGUGGGGGAAAAAAAGUAUUUAGUCAGCCACCAAUUGUGCAAGUUCUCCCACUUAAAAAGAUGAGAGAGGCCUGUAAUUUUCAUCAUAGGUACACGUCAACUAUGACAGACAAAUUGAGAUUUUUUUUCUCCAAUAAAUCACAUUGUAGGAUUUUUAAUGAAUUUAUUUGCAAAUUAUGGUGGAAAAUAAGUAUUUGGUCACCUACAAAUAAGCAAGAUUUCUGGCUCUCACAGACCUGUAACUUCUUCUUUAAGAGGCUCCUCUGUCCUCCACUCGUUACCUGUAUUAAUGGCACCUGUUUGAACUUGUUAUCAGUAUAAAAGACACCUGUCCACAACCUCAAACAGUCACACUCCGAACUCCACUAUGGCCAAGACCAAAGAGCUGUCAAAGGACACCAGAAACAAAAUGGUAGACCUGCACCAGGCUGGGAAGACUGAAUCUGCAAUAGGUAAGCAGCUUGGUUUGAAGAAAUUAAACUGUGGGAGCAAUUAUUAGGAAAUGGAAGACAUACAAGACCACUGAUAAUCUCCCUCGAUCUGGGGCUCCACGCAAGAUCUCACCCCGUGGGGUCAAAAUGAUCACAAGAACAGUGAGCAAAAAUCCCAGAACCACACGGGGGGACCUAGAGACCUGCAGAGAGCUGGGACCAAAGUAACAAAGCCUACCAUCAGUAACACACUACACCGCCAGGGACUCAAAUCCUGCAGUGCAAGACGUGUCCCCCUGCUUAAGCCAGUACAUGUCCAGGCCCGUCUGAAGUUUGCUAGAGUGCAUUUGGAUGAUCCAGAAGAGGAUUGGGAGAAUGUCAUAUGGUCAGAUGAAACCAAAAUAGAACUUUUUAGUAAAAACUCAACUUGUCGUGUUUGGAGGACAAAGAAUGCUGAGUUGCAUCCAAAGAACACCAUACCUACUGUGAAGCAUGGGGGUGGAAACAUCAUGCUUUGGGGCUGUUUUUCUGCAAAGGGACCAGGACGACUGAUCCGUGUAAAGGAAAGAAUGAAUGGGGCCAUGUAUCGUGAGAUUUUGAGUGAAAACCUCCUUCCAUCAGCAAGGGCAUUGAAGAUGAAACGUGGCUGGGUCUUUCAGCAUGACAAUGAUCCCAAACACACCGCCCGGGCAAUGAAGGAGUGGCUUCGUAAGAAGCAUUUCAAGGUCCUGGAGUGGCCUAGCCAGUCUCCAGAUCUCAACCCCAUAGAAAAUCUUUGGAGGGAGUUGAAAGUCCGUGUUGCCCAGCGACAGCCCCAAAACAUCACUGCUCUAGAGGAGAUCUGCAUGGAGGAAUGGGCCAAAAUACCAGCAACAGUGUGUGAAAACCUGUGUCAUUGCCAACAAAGGGUAUGUAACAAAGUAUUGAGAAACUUUUGUUAUUGACCAAAUACUUAUUUUCCACCAUAAUUUGCAAAUAAAUUCAUUAAAAAUCCUACAAUGUGAUUUUCUGGAUUUUUUCCCCUCAUUUUGUCUGUCAUAGUUGACGUGUACCUAUGAUGAAAAUUACAGGCCUCUCUCAUCUUUUUAAGUGGGAGAACUUGCACAAUUGGUGGCUGACUAAAUACUUUUUUCCCCACUGUUGAAUCAUUAUGUGCUUCCCAUGGUCCAAGCUAUCUGGACUUCAUUAUUAUUUCCUUGUUUGCUGCUAUGUUAUGAUUGACAACAGUUUCCAUGGUAGCAGAUUGAGGACCUCCUGCGUCAGAUAGCGUGACUCUGUUAUUCGGUCUUACUAGUGUCGCGUUUGAGGGCCGCCCCCUGUCGGAAGAUCACCUUUCCUCCUAUGGCAAACCUGACCUACCAGUUGACAAACUAUGAAAACUGGUUGUCAUUUUAUGGCAGUGUGCAAUGGUUUUCAAUAGAUAAAGGAUCCGGUAGUAUGUGUGGUGUGAAUCAGUUUACUCGGAUGCUAGUACAGUGCAUUCUGAAAUAUUCAUACCUUGGGUUUUUUCCACAUUUUUUUACGUUACACCUUAUUCUAAAAUGGAUGAAUGUUUUUUUACUUACAUUUACGUCAUUUACAGACGCUCUUAUCCAGAGCGUCUUACAAAUUGGUUGAAUUCACCUAUCUCCAGUGGGGAUAACACUUUACAAUGUAUUUAUUUAUUUUUUGGUUGGGGUUGGGGUAAAGGGGGGGGGGUAGAAGGAUUACUUAUCCUAUCCCGGUAUUCCUAAGAGGGGGGUUUUCAAUGUCUCCGGAACGGGUGAGUGACUCCCUGUCCUGCGUCGUGAGGAGCUUGUUCCACCUUGGGGUGCCAGAGCACGCACAGUUUUGACUGGGCUGAAGCGGGAAAUAUGCCUUCCGCAUGAGGUAGGGGAGCCGAAGGCCAGAGGUGGAUGAACGCAAUGCCCUCGUUUUGGGUGUAGGGACUGAUUCAGAAGCCCUGAAGGUACGGAGGUUGGUCGUUCCCCUCACAGCUCCGUAUGGCAAGCAACCAUGGUCUUGGUAAGUCAGAUGCGAGCGUUCAACUGGAAGCCAUGGAGUGUGCGGAUGAGCGGGGUGGACGUAGAGAACUUGGGAAGGUUGAACACCAGACGGGCUGCGGCAUUCUGGAUGAGUUGUAGGGGUUUAAUGGCACAGGCAGGGAGCCCAGCCAACAGCGAGUUGCAGUAAUCCAGACGGGAGAUAACAAGUGCCUGGAUUAGGACCUGUGCCGCUUCCUGUGUAAGGCAGGGUCGUACUCUCCUAAUGUUGUAGAGCAUGAACCUACAGGAUCGGGUCACCGCCUUGAUGUUAGCGGAGAACGACAGGGUGUUGUCCAGGGUCACGCCAAGGCUCUUCGCACUCUGGGAGGAGGACACAACGGAGUUGUCAACCGUGAUGGCGAGAUCAUGGAACAGGCAGUCCUUCCCCGGGAGGAAGAGCAGCUCCGUCUUGUCAAGGUUCAGCUUGAGGUGGUGAUCCGUCAUCCAUACUGAUAUGUCUGCCAGACAUGCAGAGAUGCGAUUCGUCACCUGGUUAUCAGAAGGGGGAAAGGAGAAGAUUAGUUGUGUGUCGUCUGCGUAGCAAUGAUAGGAGAGGCCAUGUGAGGAUAUGACAGAGCCAACUGACUUGGUGUAUAGCGAGAAUAGGAGAGGGCCUAGAACUGAGCCCUGGGGGACACCAGUGGUGAGAGCACGUGGUGCGGAGACAGCUUCUCGCCACGCCACUUGGUAGGAGCGACCGGUCGUGGCUGGGUCUUUCAGCAUGACAAUGAUCCCAAACACACCGCCCGGGCAACGAAGGAGUGGCUUCGUAAGAAGCAUUUCAAGGUCCUGGAGUGGCCUAGCCAGUCUCCAGAUCUCAACCCCAUAGAAAAUCUUUGGAGGGAGUUGAAAGUCUGUGUUGCCAAGCGACAGCCCCAAAACAUCACUGCUCUAGAGGAGAUCUGCAUGGAGGAAUGGGCCAAAAUACCAGCAACAGUGUGUGAAAACCUUGUGAAGACUUACAGAAAACUUUUGACCUGUGUCAUUGCCAACAAAGGGUAUAUAACAAAGUAUUGAGAAACUUUUGUUAUUGACCAAAUACUUACUUUCCACCAUAAUUUGCAAAUAAAUUCAUUAAAAAUCUUACAAUGUGAUUUUCUGGAUUUUUUUUCUUCUCAUUUUGUCUGUCAUAGUUGACGUGUACCUAUGAGGAAAAUUACAGGCCUCUCUCAUCUUUUUAAGUGGGAGAACUUGCACAAUUGGUGGCUGACUAAAUACUUUUUUUCCCCCCCACUGUACAUUGCCAAAGGAAACAUAUUUUAAAUGUGUCUCUCUCCACAGAUCCAGCCCUAUGAUAAGAUAGCAGCGCGGCCCCUGCCGGACAGCCUGGCAGACAGUCUCAACAAGCUGGUGGUAGUCAAGUUGAACGGAGGCCUGGGUACCAGCAUGGGCUGUAAAGGUCCAAAGAGCCUCAUCAGCGUCCGCAACGAGAACACGUUCCUGGACCUCACCGUGCAGCAGAUAGAGGUACCGGUCAUAUCUGUUAUGUCAUGCCAUAUCUGCUGUAUAAGAGGUGUCAUAAUUGUCAUUAUGUCAUCAUAACAUGUUAUAACAGAUAUGUGCCACGUGAAUGUUGUAGGCAUGACAUAAGAGGUGACAUUUCAUCAACCCUCAGCCCCAUCUCUCAAAACGUACCAAACCAAGUGACUGGGCGGGGACUGUCGAUGGGCUGAAGCAAUGACUCCAGACUACAGAUUAUGACUUUAAUGAGGGAGAGAAGACUGGGCACACACACACACAAACAUACACACACACACAGUUGUACAACUAACCUUGUGGGGACACACAAUUCAGUCCCAUUCAAAAUCCUAUUUUCCCUAAACCGUACCCUUACCCUUACCCUAACCCUAACGUUAACCCAAAACCCUAACAACCCUAACCCUCGCAUCUAUCCCUAAAACUAACCCUAGCUCCUAACCCUAAGCCUAAUUCUAACCCUAACACUAAUUCUAACCUUAACCCUAAACCCUCUAGAAAUAGCAUUUGACCUUGUGGGGACCAACAAAAUGUCCCCAGUUGGUCAAAGUUUUGUUCGUUUUACUAUUCUUGUGGGGAAUUCUGGUCCCCACAAGUAUAGUUAAACACGUCUAGACACACACACACAGAGAGAGAGAGAGAGAGUGAUGACUGAAACUUUUACUCAGGGGAGAGGACGGAGGUGGGAGUUGGGGAACAUUAAUGUGAGUUGGUAUCCAUUUUCUCCCUAAAUGGCCUGAUUCACAGUGGAGGUAAUAUGACUAUAUCUGGAGGGUAAAAUGAGUGCCAGAACCACUGGGAUGUGAGACAGAUACAGGACACAGUGUGUGGAGGGGAGAAGAGUGUUCAUGACGUGGAUGUUGAUUAAGGCAGCCCCCCGCACCUCUCUGAUUCAGAUGGGUUGGGUUAAAUGCGGAAGACACAUUACAGUUGAAUGCAUUCAGUUGUACAACUGACUAGGUAUCCCCCUUUCCAUUUCCUUUCCAUGCAGCCGUUACGCUUCACACACAUACAAACACAGACGACCACACACAAGUCUGCAAACAAUUACCGCCUCUCUCUUGCUCUGACACACACACACCUCUCAGUUCCAGCACACUGCCUUCUCUGUCCUCCCUCUGCCUGGCCAAACCCACAGACCUGCCCAUAGAAUAACAGCUCUCCUUUCAGUCAGACUGCCUGAAGACAUUAGAGCGCUUUACACAGACCCUCAACUGAUCUUAUACUAUACUGAACAAAAAUAGAAACGCAACAUGCAACAAUUUCUACAAUUUUACUGAGGUACAGUUCAUACAAGGAAAUCAGUCAAUUGAAAUAAAUUCAUUAGGCCCUAAUCUAUGGAUUUCACAUAACUGGGCAGGGGCACAGCCAUGGGUGGGCCUGGGAGGGCAUAGGCCCAGCCACUUGGGGGCCAGGCCCACCCACUGGGGAGCCAGGCCCAGCCAAUCAGAAUGAGUUUUUCCCCACAAAAGGGCUUUAUUACAGACAGAAAUACUCCUCAGUUUCAUCAUCUGUCCUGGUGGCUGGUCUCAGACGAUCCCGCAGGUGAAGAAGCCAGAUGUGGAGGUCCUGGGCUGGCGUGGUUACAUGUGGUCUGCGGUUGUGAGGCCGGUUGGACGUACUGCCAAAUUCUCUAAAACGACGUUGGAGGCGGCUUAUGGUAGAGAAAUGAACAUUCAAUUCUCUGGCAACAGCUCUGGUGGACAUUCCUGCAGUCAACAUGCCAAUUGCACGCUGCCCUCAAAACUUGAGACAUCUGUGGCAUUGUGUUGUGUGACAAAACUGCACAUUUUAGUGGCAUUUUAUUGCCCCAGCACAAGGUGCACCUGUGUAAUGAUCAUGCUGUUUAAUCAGCUUCUUUAUAUGCCACACCUGUCAGGUGGAUGGAUUAUCUUGGCAAAGGAGAAAUGCUCACUAACAGGGAUGUAAACACAUUUGUUCUCCACAUUUUUGAGAAAUACGCUUUUUGUGCGUAUUUCUGGGAUCUUUUAUUUCAGUUCAUGAAACAUGGGACCAACACUUUACAUGUUGCGUUUAUAUUUUUGUUCAGUAUACAUAUCAUAUCUGUCUACCCCUCUCUCUGCAGGAUGAAGGAAUACAUACAUGUUAUGUGCCUAAAGGACAGAGGCAGGGAGAGAAUGAGAACAUGUGCUUGUGAUUUGGAGAGUGGGAGAGGGAGAGAAGGGGUAUUUUCUUAAAGCCACAGAACCUCUUUAUCCCUCCUUCUCUCUGUCUCUAGUCUGCUGGUAUGUGUAUGACCUUUCUGCUCUGUCCUGGGGCCCUCUGAGGAUAUGGGAGUUCCUAACUUCCCAAAACUCAUAAAACGAAACUUUAAAUGAUUGCACUAAAUCUAAACAAACAUCCUACAGUGGAAUAGAUCCUGUUAUGCUGACCUGUUGCGCCAGUCAGACAGUGUGAUUUCCUGGUAGUUAUGUUGUGUGUGUGUUUGUGUCAUAUCCUGGUAGUUACGUUGGUUGGUAGUGGAGUUGAAUUCCCACAACCUCGCUUCUCCUAGGACAGUCCCACCCUUGAUGACCUCAUAAUGACCUCAUAAAGCCGAGACGAACCUCGACCAGCCUGGUUGCUUCAUAAACUCCACCACACACCCACACAGUUUGGUAACGGUUUACCGUAACAACCCCUCCCUCAUUAAAAUCUGGAAUCUAGAGUCUUCGGGCUUGUUCAGCAUUGCAGCCGACCGUACUGCCGACUAACCGAUCUACAAAUCACCUUGCAUCAUAAAUAACUACUCAUUAUGAUUUGUAGAUCAGUCAAUCAAUCAGUCAGUCACAAUGCAUCACGGAUUUGAUGCUCUCCAACACUGCCAUUGCAUUAGCUCCACCCAGCCUGUCACUUGGUUUGCUGUGGCCAAUAUGGCCGCCAAGCACUCCUUUCACCUGUUCUCAAUCCAAUAUGGCCGCCAAGCACUCCUUUCACCUGUUCUCAAUCCAAUAUGGCCGCCAAGCAUUCCUUUCACCUGUUCUCAAUCCAAUAUGGCCGCCAAGCACUCCUUUCACCUGUUCUCAAUCCAAUAUGGCCGCCAAGCAUUCCUUUCACCUGUUCUCAAUCCAAUAUGGCCGCCAAGCACUCCUUUCACCUGUUCUCAAUCCAAUAUGGCCGCCAAGCACUCCUUUCACCUGUUCUCAAUCCAAUAUGGCCACCAAACACUAUGGGUUUAUUUACCCCUCUCAUUUCUCUCAGCACAUGUACAACACCAAAAACAAUACAAUACACCUUAAUUUAACUUGAUUUAUUUCAUUUAGCAUUUCUUUGUCCCCGCAGCACUUGAACAAGAGGUACAACACAGAUGUCAAUACAAUACAACUUUAUUUAACUUUAUUUAAUUUUGCAAAUCUUUUUCCCUCAGCACUUGAACAAGAAGUACAACACAGACGUUCCUCUGGUCCUGAUGAACUCCUUCAACACGGAUGAAGACACCAAGAAGAUCCUUCAGAAAUACACACACCACCGCGUCAAGAUACACACCUUCAACCAGAGCAGGUAACACACGCACCACAGUAUGUCUCAUAUCCUGCUGGAUCAGAAUAUAUGAGACAUACGGGACAUAAAACUGGACAUCCUGUCUGUAGCGGUAAUGAAUGGACUCUAAAGACAGGAAAAAUCCACCCAAAAGCACUCAUUCCUUUAAUUUACAGUGUUAAAUAGCACUAAUAUGUGAGUAUGUUUUCUGAACAAAUAUUUCAUUUUGGCGUUAUAAUAAAGUUGGUAGCAACAUGGAAAAUCGUUGUGGAAAUCUGUUGCAGCUCAAGUCGACUACAAAAUCCACAAUGCAAUGCUCUCUCUAUGGGCUGACUGGCUAUCUAGCAAGCAAACGUAGCUACACACAAUAAUACCAAAGACAAUAUCAGCAUGUAAAGUUAGUUAGCUGUAAAAUCGCCUAAACAAACUGCACUAUCAAUAGUGACCCACCACCUGGAUUCGAUCCUAUGUAGCAACAUUUGAUAUUGUGUUUUUUACAUUUGAUUAAAGUAGAGACUCAGAGCUAGAAAAUUGUAUAUCAUACACUGCAGUUGAGGAACAAAGGGAAUGUAAUUCUGCUUAGAAAGUUGACAAACCUGUAACCCCCCUUUUGAGAAAAUGGCCUUUGAAUGCUUUGGUACACCUACUGGAGAGCUCUUCUUUGUCUACACCCAUUCAGUAUUUUUCACACCCUCUUAAGCCUUAGCCCCACCCAUCUCUUUAAGGAUUCAAAUGUGAGGCCAUGUGCUAAACAGAGUGAGUAGUGUAGUAAACAACCAAAGAUUUCAAGACUAAAAGUGGUAAAAGUAGUAGCCUACAAUAAGUAAAAAUACACUUUAUCUAGUCCUUGGUCUAUAUCCUAAUCUGACUUUGGUACAGGUAAUUUUGUUCUUCACAUUACCGUCUCUGGUAAACACAUUCUAUAUCAAAUAAAAUCUAAGUGUAUUUGUCACAUGCACAGGAUACAGAAGGUGUAAACGGUACAGUGAAAUGGUUACUAGCAAUAUCAAAAACAGAAAGUGUCCAGAUAAAAAUAAUGUAUACAUAUUUUAUCAUUAUUAAAUGACGCUUACCCAGACACACUUGUCUAAAUUGAAGGGUCAUGUGACCCCCCCCCCCCCCCCCCCAGGCACAUCUAGCGAAGUGGAUGGGGCUCUAUUGUCUAGACAUGUACACAUGUUCAUGAAAUACAAUAAAUGGCCGUAAUCAAUAGAUGGCGGAAUCACCCCCAGACACAGCAGGCUAACUUGAUGGGUCAUGUAAUCAUCUGGCGAAGUAGUUAACUAAACAAUGAACCGGCAUAAUCCCAACUCAUGCUACCAAUACGAACAUUGUCAUAGCUGUAGUAUGAAUCUGCAGGUAGCUAAAGCUAACCAACUAGGUUCAAUGUUAGCUAGCUAACAUUAGGCUAAAACGAGCAAUGCAAAUGGAUUUCUGAUUCAAAUAAUAUUACUACAUAGAUCAUACACGUAAUAUUAGCUAGCGAGCCAGCAAGCUAAUGUUCGCUAGCUAGCGAACAGUACGCUUUAACUUGCAAUGAAAACAACUAAAUAAUUAGAAUAUUUGAAAAUGUAGCUAAACUCUUAACCGUAUACAUGGAUUGAAUGCCUACAUCUUGUUUGGCCAGCGUUGUGUCAAUUCACUCUGGUUUACACAGACCGUGGCGUGUGCAAAAAGUAGCCCAUCACAACUUUUUCCAACUGAUCUGUCGAUAGCGCCUGCUAAAUUAAGGGCAUCAAUGUUGUUGAGAAAAGUAGCUAAACUUUUGUAGUUCUCAAUGGCUAACGUUAUAUCUUUUAAAAACGCUGCGGUAGAAAGGACUAUCAACACAUACAGUACAGAGCAGCUCACGUUAUGACCGAAGUAUGCUACAUGGCAGACCAAUCCAAACUCAUCACCCGGCAUGUCCAGCCCAUUCAUUAUCUCAGCCAAUCAUGGUUAGCGGUAAAGGUACUUGUCUUUUUCCGUGGCUAAACCAACUAUGCUCGUAAUUUUAAUAAUUUUAUUCAUAUUUACAGAUGGAAUACAAGUCUGUUAUUAAGGCACAUGAAAGUUCACAUGUUCCAGAGCGCAUUUCUGCCAAAAAACACACAAAAAAAAGAAGUUCAAAAGCCUCUCCUGUGAAGUAGUGACGUGCGACAUACGCCUGCCUAGCUUCCUGAAACGGGUCACAAUUUAGGAGUCUACAAUCUCACCAUGUUCAACCUGCAGAUCGAUGUGCCGCAGAGUGGAGUCUGACAUUCGCAACGGCAGAUACAGUGCCUUCGGAAAGUAUUCAGACCCCUUGACUCUUUCCACAUUUUGUUACGUUACAGCCUUAUUCUAAAAUGAAUUAAAUCGUUUUUUCCCCUCAUCAAUCUACACACAAUACCCCAUAAUGACAAAGCAAAAAUAGGUUAUUAUAAAAUAAAAUAAAUGGAAAUAUCACAUUUACAUAAGUAUUCAGACACUUUACUCAGUACUUUGUUGAAGCACCUUUGUUAGCAAUUACAGCCUCGAGUCUUCUUGGGUAUGACGCUACAAGCUUGGCACACCAGUAUUUGGGGAGUUUCUCCCAUUCUUCUCUGCAGAUCCUCUCAAGCUCUGUCAGGUUGGAUGGGAAGCGUUGCUGUACAGCUAUUUCCAGGUCACUCCAGAGAUGUUCGAGCGGGUUCAAAUCCGGGCUCUGGCUGGGCCACUCAAGGACAUUCAGAGAUUUGUCCCGAAACUACUCCUGCGUUGUCUUGGCUGUGUGCUUAGGGUCUUUGUCCUGUUAGAAGGUGAACCUUCACCCCAGUCUGAGGUCCUGAGCGCUCUGGAGCAGGUUUUCAUCAAGGAUAUCUCUGUACUUUGCUCCUUUCAUCUUUGCCUUGAUCCUGACUAGUUUCCCAGUCCCUGCCGCUAAAAAACAUCCCCACAGCAUGAUGCUGCCACCACCAUGCUUCACCGAAGGGAUGGUGCCAGGUUUCCUCCAGACAUGAUGCUUGGCAUUCAGGCCAAAGAGUUCAAUCUUGGUUUCAUCAGACCAGAGAAUCUUGUUUCUCAUGAUCUGAGAGUCUUUAGGUGCCUUUUGGCAAACUCCAAGUGGGCUGUCAUGUGCCUUUUACUGAGGAGUGGCUUCCGUCUGGCCACUACCAUAAAGGCCUGAUUGGUGGAGUGCUGCAGAGAUGGUUGUCCUUCUGGAAGGUUCUCCCAUCUCCACAGAGGAACUCUAGAGCUCUGUCAGAGUGACCAUCAGGUUCUUGGUCACCUCCCUGACCAAGGCCCUUCUCCCCCGAUUGCUCGGUUUGGCCGAGCGGCCAGCUCUAGGAAGAGUCUUGGUGGUUCCAAACAUCUUCAAUUUUAGAAUGAUGGAGGCCACUGUGUUCUUUGGGACCUUCAAUGCUGCAGAAAUGUUUUGGCACCCUUCCCCAGAUCUGUGCCUCGACACAAUCCUGUCUCAGAGCUCUACUGACAAUUCCUUCGACCUCACGGCUUGGUCUUUGCUCUGACAUGCACUGUCAACUGUGGGACCUUAUAUAGACAGGUGUGAGCCUUUCCAAAUCAUGUCCAAUCAAUUGAAUUUACCACAGGUGGACUCCAAUCAAGUUGUAGAAACAUCUCAUGGAUGAUCAAUGGAAACAGGAUGCACCUGAGCUCAAUUUCGAGUCUCAUAGCAAAGGGGCUGAAUACUUAUGUAAAUAAGGUAUUUCUGUGUUUUAUUUGUAAUACAUUUGCAAAAAUGUCUAAACCUAUUAACAAAAUGUGGGAAAAGGGGUCUGAAUACCAUGCUACGUAAAUGUGGGCUGCAUGGUGCAUUAUGGGCGAUUCUGAGACAAGGAGCGCUGUCCUUCGAGUGAAUGGGAGUGUAUUGAGCGCUAGCUCAAAAUUCCAACAUUAGCACGAAUUUCGUCAACAAGAAGUACAACAUUACAAUACUUUUCCAAGAUGUGAGAUAAUUAACUUGCUAUCUGUAAUAUCGUAUAGUUUUGUAAUAUAGGCAAGUUUCUCGACCAAUACACUGACUUUGAGAAGGGAUUGUGUUACGAUUAGUUUAGCAACCGCGUGACGCAGCAUGACAACGUGAACGCGAUUUGUCGACAGUCUACUGGGUGGGGCGUUAUACUUUCCUUCAUUCAUUUCCUUUCUAUAAUAUCUCAGGCAGCUGAACCACGCAACGCACCCUGGACUAAAGAGGCAAACAAAUAGGAAAAUGUGCUAGACCCUCCGUUAAAUUACACAUUUCUCGAGGUAGGAGUAUCGCUAAAAUAUGAUCAAUGGCUCAUUUGAGAGAAGACAUCCUCCCGAGUUAUGACAUCUAGCAGUAUUGAAAUCUGACAUCUAUGAUAGACGUUUUCGCGAUCUAAAAGUUGUAUUCCUUUUAACUUCCAUUGUAGUGAGAGCGACUUUAUCGCAGUUCUACGUCAUAGCGGCCGGAUUUCUGCCUGCUUGAACGCCAUUAACUCAGUGAAAACAUGAAAUUACCCAUGGAAUCGAUAGAACAUCACUCAGAGAUGCACAAAAACAAUAUAACAUUCAAAAUGGGUGAACCUUUCCUUUAAGCAGUGGACUGUUGAAUUGGACUGUAGACUAAAAGGCUUGUAGUGUUAAUAUUUGAUCAGCCUCUCCUUUGCCUUUGGAAUACAAUCAAACACAGUGAGGAUCAAGCUGGAGUGUGUCAAAAAGCCUGGUCAGAUGACAACUUAAUCCUCUUUUAAUGAGGCCCCUUCCCUCUCCUCCCCCAUUUCCCAUCUCCUCUCCUCCCCCAUUUCCCCUCCCCUCUCCUCUCCCUUCCUUCAUUCUCCUCUCCUCUCUUCCCCUCUCCCCCCCCCCCCCCCCUCCCCUCUCCUCCCCUCCCCUCCCCUCCCCUCCCCUCCCCUCCCCUCUCCUCCCUUCCCCUCCCCUCCCCUCCUCAUCUCUCAUCUGAUCCCUCUUAUCCAUGCCAGAACUGUCUUCCCCCUUGCCCCGCUCCUUCCUCUUCUCCUUCCCUCUCCCCUUCUCCCUCCUCUCUUCCCUCUCCUCUCCUUCCCCUCUCCUCUUUGCUUCUCUCCUUUCCCCUUCUCUUCUCUCCUCUUUUCUCAUUUACACUUCCCUCUCUGUCCAUGUUAUCCGGGUUCCUUGGGACAUCCCUACCCCAUUGAAGUUGAAUUGUAAAAUGGGUAUGGUUAUGGUUAGGGUAGUCCCAAGGAUUCCGGAUAGCACGACCCCUCCUCUCUCCUCCCCUCCUCUCUCCUCCCCUCCUCUCUCCUCCCCUCCCUCUCCUCCCCUUCUCUCUCCUCCCUCUCUCUCCUCCCCUCCUCUCUCCUCCCCUCCUCUCUCCUCUCCCUUCUCUCUCCUCCCUUCUCCUCUCCUCCCUCCUCUCGCUCCUCCCCCUCCUCUCUCCUCCCCUCCUCUCUCCUCUCCUUCCUCUCUCCUCCCCUCCUCUCUCCUCUCCCCCCUCCUCUCCCUCCCCCUCUUCCUCCCCUUCUCUCUCCCUCUCCUUCUCUCCUCCUCCCCUCCUCUCUCCUCCCCGCCUCUCCCGCUCCUCUCCAUCUCCUCCCCUCCUCUCUCCCUCCCCUCCUCUCUCCUCCCCUUCUCUCUCCUUCCCCUCCUCUCUCCUCCCCUCCUCUCUCCUCCCCUCCUCUCUCCUCCUCCUUCUCUCUCCUCCCCUCCUCUCAUCCUCUCCUGUCCCUCCCCUCCUCUCUCUCCUCCUCAUCCUCUCUCAUUCUCUCUCCUCCCUUCCUCCUCUCUCCUCCCUUCUCUCUCCUCCCUCCAUUCUCUCUCCUCCCUUCCUCCUCUCCUCCGUCCUUCUCUCUUCCCCUCCCUCCCUCCUCCUCUCUCCUCCGCUCUCUCCUCCUCCUCCUCUCCUCCUCCUCGCUCUCCUCCUCCUCUCUCUCCUCCCCUCCUCCUCCUUCCUCUCUCCUCCCCUCCUCUCUCCUCCUCCCUCUCUCUCUCCCGCUCCUCCUCCUCCUCCUCUCCUCCCCUCUCUCUCGGUCCUCCCUUCUCCUCAUCCUCCCCUCCUCCAUCCUCUCCUUCUCUCUCCUGCCCUCUCCCCUCCCUGUCUUCUCGCUCCUCUCCUCCGCUCUUCCUCUCUCCUUCCUCUCUCUCCUCCCCUCUCCUCCUCCUCUCCUCCUCUCCUCUCGCUCUCUCUCCCUCUCUCCUCGCCUCCUCCUCUCCCUCCUCCCCUCCCUCUCUCCUCCCCCCUCUCUCCUCUCCUCUCCUCUAAUGUUCCCUCUAAGCUUCUCCAAUGUGUGCCGCUCCCCUUGGACUGCCACGCAGAAUAAAUAUCAGCCCUCGCAGAGAAGCACGAGAUUGAACUUCCCUCAACUUUCUACAGUUUUCCCCUUUAGUUAACACUAUCAACGUUUCCCGUAACUGGGGGAAUUGUGAUCGACUCAACGCAACAUUAGACACUUUCAAUGCAAGUGGAUAAACAGGUUAAUGUCAAGCCCUGCAUGUUUUUUUCAAAGAUCUCAUGGAAUGUAGGCCUACGUUUAACACCACACAUUGGCUGCUACUGUAGGCUGAAUGAUAGAACAGCUAUUUCCAUGUUAAAAUGUUAUGGGAUGCAUUUUUCUCCAUUGUUUUCUAUGGUGCCCUCUGUCCUACAUUUCGAUCAAAUAGCCCGUGCCUACUUGUCCACUUCCUCUCGUAUCACGCGGUACAGCCUCUCACAAAACACCCGGAUUGCCACAAAUUUUCAACUAAGUUUGCGCCCUAGCCUAAUUCUCAGUCUAAACUUCAGGAACUUGCUCCUCUCCUCACCUCCUCCUUCCGUCCUCUCCUCUCACCCUGACCCUCUUUCCCUCUAGCCAUCCAUUGUGCCUCCCCCUUGGACUGCCACGCAGACAGAAGAUUCAGACCCCCUCUUCAUGCAGAAGACAGAUUCAGUUUCCUCCCUUCUAUGGUCAGACAGACCAUUUGAGUAAUCACAUCACUCUUAUGGCCAGAAUUGAUCGACUCAGGUCACUACACUCCCAUUGCAAGGAUACAACAGUUCAUGUCAGCCUGCAUUCUUAUGGCAGAAGACAUUCAGGACAUCUGCCCUCUCUUGCCAACACCACAAUCUCGGUCUCCUACCCCUCUUAGGCCAGACAGACAACUAUCCAUCCUCCCCUCUUAUGUCCAGACAGACAGAUCUCAGGUCAUCCUCCUCCUCUCAUGGCCAGACAGACAGAUCUCAGGUCACUCCUCCCCUCUCAUGGCCGACAGACAAUCUCAGUAUCCUCCCACUCUUAUGGCCAGACGACAGAUCUCAGGUCAUCCCCUCUUUAUGCCAGACGCAGAUCUCAGGCAUCCUCCCCUCUUAUGCCCAAACAGACAGAUAUCCAGUCUCCUCCCCUCUAUGGCCAGACAGACUAUGCUCAGUCAUCCUCCCCUCUAUGGCCACGACAACAGAUCUCAGUCAUCCUCCCCUCUUAUGCCAGACAGACAAUCUCAGGUCAUCCUCCCCCUCUCAUGGCCAGACAGACAGAUCUCAGGUCAUCCUCCCCUCUCAUGGCCAGACAGACAUAUCUCAGGUCAUCCUCCCCUCUUAUGGCCAGACAGACAGAUCUCAGGUCAUCCUCCCCUCUUAUGGCCAGACGACAGAUCUCAGGUCAUCCUCCCCUCUUAUGGCCAGACAGACAGACAGAUCUCAGGUCAUCCUCCCCUCUUAUGGCCAGACAGACAUAUCAAGUCAUCCUCCCCUCUCAUGGCCAAACAGACAGACAGAUCUCAGGUCAUCCUCCCCUCUUAUGGCCAGACAGACAGAUCUCAGGUCAUCCUCCCCUCUCAUGGCCAGACAGACAGAUCUCAGGUCAUCCUCCCCUCUUAUGGCCAGACGGACAGAUCUCAGGUCAUCCUCCCCUCUUAUGGCCAGACAGACAGACAGAUCUCAGGUCAUCCUCCCCUCUUAUGGCCAGACAGACAUAUCAAGUCAUCCUCCCCUCUCAUGGCCAAACAGACAGACAGAUCUCAGGUCAUCCUCCCCUCUUAUGGCCAGACAGACAGAUCUCAGGUCAUCCUCCCCUCUUAUGGCCAGACAGACAGAUCUCAGGUCAUGCUCAGCUCUAUAAGGAGACAUUAAACGUUCUCCUUCCUAAUCUGCUCUUAUCAGCUGAUAAACAUUAAGUGAUGACGGCUCCUUGUUCUGUUCAGUUGGUCUUGCCAUCAUUCACACAUUCCUAACAGGAUUCCUAACAGAAUGCUAUCCUGGGUUGAAGAAACAUGAUGUUUAAUGAGAUAACAUUGAGGAUUACAUUUCCUAUGAUUUAAACGCAAAACAUGAAACCUGUAAGUAGCCUGCAAUUGGGUUGUUUAACUAAAAUUAAUUCACCCUCUCUCCCCCUCUCCCUCCCUCCACCCCUCCCCUCCCGCCCUCUCUCCCAGGUACCCCCGUAUUAACAAAGAGUCCCUCCUGCCUGUGGCCACAGACAUUGGUAUGACGGGUGAGAACGCUGACGUGUGGUACCCUCCUGGCCACGGGGACAUCUACGCCAGCUUCUACAACUCUGGCCUGCUGGAUCAGCUCAUCGCAGAGGGCAAGGUACACACACGCGCGCACACACACGUACACGCAUGCACAUACGCACCAGAGGAGGCUGGUGGGAGGAGCUAUAGGAGGACGGGCUCAUUGUAAUGGCUGGAAUGGAAUGAAUUGAACGGUAUCAAACACAUCAAAGAUAUGGAAACCACGUGUUGGACUCUGUUCCAUUUAUUCCAUUCCAACAAGCCCGUCCUCCUAUAGCUCCUCCCACCAGCCUCCUCUGACGCACGUAUGUACACACACACACACACAUACACACACACAAACACAAAGGCAAGGUAACUACCCUAUCUGCAGCACUGACCUCUUUUUAAAGAAAACACUUAUUUUAUUUAUAUAAUUUGUAAAUGAUAUUAAAUAAUUCAGCCUUCGCUGCUAUUGAUACAAUGUUUCUUGUCUUGUGUAAAAUGAUAAUUCCAUAACGUUGUAAAACCACAGGGGGGCAAAGUCAAACAACUGAGUUCCAAGGCACCAAUAUACUGUAUCACAGGAGGUUGGUGGAACCUUAAUUGGGGAGAACGGGCUCGUGGUAAUGACUGGAGCAGAAUCAGUGGAAUGGUAUCAAACACAUGGUUUCCAGGUGUUUGAUGCCAUUCCAUCUGCUCCGUUCCAGCCAUUAUUAUGAGCCGUCCUCCCCUCAGCAGCCUCCUGUGAAAUAUACAAUGAGUAUACCAAACAUUAGGAACACCUUCCUAAUAUUGAGUUGCACCCCAGGAAGAGUAGCUGCUGCUUUCGCAACAGCUAAUGGUGAUCCUAAUAAAAUACCAAAAUACCCCCCCCCUUCUCCCUCCCUCGCUCCAGGAGUACAUCUUUGUGUCUAAUAUUGAUAACCUGGGUGCUACGGUGGACCUGAACAUUCUGCACCACCUGGUGAGCCAGCCCAACGGGAAACGCUGUGAGUUCAUCAUGGAGGUCACCGACAAGACCCGCGCUGAUGUCAAGGUGGGUGGCAGGAGGGGGAAAGACGGCGGCCAUUUUGUGGUCUCUUAAUGGUUUAUUCUGUCUUCAUAAAUGUUUUAUUCACCUCUCACUAUUAACACUUUAUUCAUCAUUUAUUCACAGUUUAUAAAAAGUUCAUUCAAUUGUUGUUCAUUAAUUAAAUUGUUUAAUUAAUUAAUGUGGAAUUGGUAUAUCUUAUUUUUUUACUGUUAAAUGAAUAAUAUAUAGCCAUUUAUUCUUAAAGAAUAUAACGUAUAAAUAAAUAAUGAGCUUUAGUUAAACUGUACUACCCCAUCAGAACCCAAAAUAACCUCUCUGUGUCUCUGUCUCUGUGUCUGUGUCUCUGUCUCUGUGUCUCUGUGUCUCUCUGUCUCUCUGUCUCUCUGUCUCUGUCUCUCUGUGUCUCUGCGUCUCUGCCUCUCUGUCUCUCUGUCUCUCUGUCUCUGUCUCUCUGUCUCUGUCUACGUCUCUGCGUCUCUGUCUCUCUGUCUCUGUCUCUCUCUCGGUCUCUGUGUCUCUGUCUCUGUGUCUCUCUGUGUCUCUGUCUUUCUGUGUCUCUCUCUGUGUCUCUGUCUCUGUCUCUCUCUGUCUCUCUGUGUCUCUGUCUCUGUCUCUCUGUCUCUACGUCUCUGUGUCUCUGUGUCUCUACAGGGCGGUACCCUUAUCCAGUAUGAUGACAAGCUGCGUCUGCUGGAGAUCGCCCAGGUCCCCAAGGCCCAUGUAGAUGAGUUCAAAUCAGUCACCAAGUUUAAGAUCUUCAACACCAACAACCUGUGGAUCUCUCUGGGUGCCAUCAAGAGGCUGCAGGAGCAGAACGCCCUGGACAUGGAGAUCAUCGUUAACCCCAAGGUGAGAGGCCAGACAGUUAGGCAUACACACACACACACACCGCGCGCAGAUUGUGUGCAGGUUUUGCAUAGGUCAACACACACACACACACACACACACACACACACACAAAAACACUUUAGCUCAGUACAUUUUGAUGCUGUUUCGGUCAAGGCAGUCCAGCUCAGGUCAGACCAGCUGAAUGUAUAGAAGACCAGCUGAAUGUAUAGGAUAUAUUCUAUGGCUCAGAAUGCCUAAUAUAAUUUCCUGAGCCCCUUAACCAUAUAUUGUAUCCCCCAAAUGAUUAAUAGUCUAAUUUCAACAGCUGAAAAAAAUCUAAUAAAUCAACUGUAAACUUCUCAAUGAGGAGGCAGAGAGAGGUGGUGCAGAAUUCCUCUUCAGUUUCACUCCGACUCAAAAUACCUGCUCUGUUCCCACCCCUCUCUUCCCCUCUCCUCCUCCCCACCCCUCCCCUCUCCUCUCUUCCCCACCCCUCCCCUCUCCUCUCUUCCCCACCCCUCCCCUCUCCUCUCUUCCCCACCCCUCCCCUCUCUUCCCCACCCCUCCCCUCUCCUCUCUUCCCCACCCCACCCCUCUCCUCUCCUCCCCACCCAUCCCCUCCCCUCUCCUCUCCUCCCCACCCCUCCCCUCUCCUCUCCUUCCCCCACCCCUCCCCUCUCCUCUCCCCCCACCCCCUCCCCUCCCCCUCGCCCUGUCCUCUCCCCCCCUCCGCCUCCUCUCCCUUUCCUCCCCACCCCUCCCCACCCCCGUCCUCCCCACCCCUCCCCUCUCCUCUCCCUCCCCACCAACCUCCCCUCUCCUCCUCUCCCCCCCCCCCCCCUCUCCUCCCCCCCCCUCCCCUCUCCCUUUUCCCCACCCCCCCCCUUUUACCAAGAUUACACUUCUCAUAACUGAGAGGACCAAGGAACCGAGUGGAGAAAAAAUGCUGGUGGAGGAUGGGGGAGUUGGUGCCUAGACACAAAGACAGUGCUCCACACGCCGAAAGACAAAAGGACGCCCGAACAACAUACAGAGUAGAGUACGCCCUAACAUACAUUACAGAUACUGCCGACAACAUUACAGAGACUGCCCUGACUUACAAACCAGAGGCAACUGCCCUGAGCAUUACAUUACAAGGGACUCCGAACAUAACAUUACAACGCACUCCCUAAACAUACCAUACAAUUACCUCUCCCGAACAUCUCAUCCUCCCUAACUCCACCUGCACUCCCUAACCACCCCUACAGGUACUCCCUGACACCAUUACCAUUACAAGCUCUGCACUCUCCUAGACCAUCACUUAUUACAGAGUGAUGCCUUGAGCUUCAUUUCAACUGCAUGGCCAUGAUGUAUCAUUCAGGUGGCCUGCCCUGAGACAACAUAUCAGAGUGGUACUGCUCGCCUGACAUCAUCAGAGUGGUACUGCCCUGAGACAUGAUAUUACAGAGUGGUACUGCCCUGAGACAUACAUUACCAGGUGUACUGCCCUGAACUACUACAUUGGUGACUGCCAGAGACAUUGACAGAGUGUUACUGCCCUGAGUUACAUGACACAUGGUACUGCCCUGAACACCCAGUGCCCCAGAGGUGGUACUACACCAUGAGACAUAAACCAUUUACAGAGUGGUACGCCUGAGACAUGUACAUUCCCAGAGUGGUACUGCCCAUGGAACCAUACAACAGAGUGGUACUCCCUGAGACAUACACGAGGGUAGCCCUAGACAGUACAUUCCUAGAGUGAUACCUGUCCCUAACUCAGUCUGUCCCUAGAGGUGUACUAACACCAAGAGCAUACCUAUACAUAGAUGUAGCCCUAGAGGUCAGUUAAUUACAGCAGUGGUAUGUCCUACAAUACAUUCGUCCCUUGAAGAGUACACACCGUUGCACUACAACCAGUCUGUCCCUGGAGGUUGUAACUAACACCAAGGUAACCAUUCCUAACCUCCAGUGUCCCAUAGAGGGUUGAAUAACACUAAAGAGGUAACCACUACAAUCCAUCUUUCCCCUAGAGGUAUUAUAACACAAGGUAAAUACUACAACCCAGUCUGAUCCCUAGAGGUUUCUAGCACAAGGUGAAACACUACAACUCAGUCAUGUCCCCUAGAGGUUUACUAACCAAUGUGGUAACAACACUACUUAACUUCAAGUUGUCCCCUAGAGGUUUUACACCAAGGUAACAACUACUAUAUCCAGAUGCUCCCCUAGAGAGUGUACUAACACACAAGGUGUAACACUACAACUCCAGUCUGUCCUAGAGGUGUUACAACACCAACGUGUAACCACUACAACUCCCUAGUUGUCACUAGAGGUUUACUAACACCAAGGUAACUAUACCAACUCCCGUCUGUCUCCUAGAGGUUUACUAACACCAAGGUAACCACUACAACUCCAGUCUGUCCCCUAGAGGUUUACUAACACCAAGGUAACCACUACAACUCCAGUCUGUCCCCUAGAGGUUUACUAACACCAAGGUAACCACUACAACUCCAGUCUGUCCCCUAGAGGUUUACUAACACCAAGGUAACCCGUGCUAACCUGCCAUACAUAGAUAGACCCUAGGCUAGUGUAGAUUUAUUCCCCCCAUAUUUGCAGAUUGGUGGUGUGUCCCAAUAAUCUCUCCUCCUUCCUGAAGAGUUCACCCGUUCACUAUCCACAUAUUGAAAAGCGUUGGAUUGGAUUGUUGUAGAUGUCUACAGGGACAUUCCACCAUUUCCUUAUACCAGCCAUUCCCUUCUAAAUCCAUGAAGGGAAGUGGACAAGUGCACACUUUGGGAGAAUGGAGAGAUGAUUGAGGCGGUGCCGUAGAUUCAUCACAUUUCCCAUCUUUAGAUCCUAAGACUCCGCUAGUUUUAUUGGAUGUACUGUAUAUUAUAUAAUUACUACCCUGACGUUGUUAGCUAGCAGAUGUGAUGAACAGAACACUACUGUAUAUUAUAGAAUGACUACCCUGACGUUGUUAGCUAGCAGAUGUGGUGAACAGAACACUACUGUAUAUUAUAGAAUGACUACCCUGACGUUGUUAGCUAGCAGAUGUGGUGAACAGAACACUACUGUAUAUUAUAGAAUGACUACCCUGACGUUGUUAGCUAGCAGAUGUGAUGAACAGAACACUACUGUAUAUUAUAGAAUGACUACCCUGACGUUGUUAGCUAGCAGAUGUGGUGAACAGAACACUACUGUAUAUUAUAGAAUGACUACCCUGACGUUGUUAGCUAGCAGAUGUGAUGAACAGAACACUACUGUAUAUUAUAGAAUGACUACCCUGACGUUGUUAGCUAGCAGAUGUGGUGAACAGAACACUACUGUAUAUUAUAGAAUGACUACCCUGACGUUGUUAGCUAGCAGAUGUGGUGAACAGAACACUACUGUAUAUUAUAGAAUGACUACCCUGACGUUGUUAGCUAGCAGAUGUGGUGAACAGAACACUACUGUAUAUUAUAGAAUGACUACCCUGACGUUGUUAGCUAGCAGAUGUGGUGAACAGAACACUACUGUAUGCUCCAGGUGGUGAUGUGUUAUUUCAUUCUAUAACUCACUGUGAUACUCUUUUUGAUAUUAAGUGGAUCAUUCAGAUCCUAGUGGAGCAGGUUAAAGCUUGUCUUAUGACUAGCUCAGAGGUUCUCCAACUGAACCCACUACCUGAGGCCUACAGUACAUUCUUCAGUUUGUGUGUGUGUGUGUGUGUGUGUGUGUCUGUGUGUCUGCGUGUGUGUGUGUGUGUGUGUGUGUCUGUGUCUGUGUGUGUGUGUGUGUGUGUGUGUGUGUGUGCUUGUCAUUCUAACCACCUUUCCUCCCACCAGACGCUGGACGGCGGUCAGAACGUGAUCCAGCUGGAGACAGCGGUGGGCGCGGCCAUCAAGAGCUUCGACAACGCCCUGGGCAUCAACGUGCCGCGAUCCCGCUUCCUGCCCGUCAAGACCGUCUCCGACCUCCUAUUGGUCAUGUCCAACCUCUACAGCCUGGAGGCGGGCUCUCUCACCAUGAGCCAGAAGAGAGAGUUCCCUACCACGCCCCACGUCAAGCUGGGCAGCUCCUUUACUAAGGUAACUAACGUAACCCUAACCUAACUACUACUAUAACUACUAACUUAACCUAGCCUUAACCACGCCCCACGUCAAGCUGGGCAGCUCCUUUACUAAGGUAACUAACGUAACCCUAACCUAACUACUACUAUAACUACUAACUUAACCUAGCCUUAACCACGCCCCACGUCAAGCUGGGAAGCUCCUUUACUAAGGUAACUAACGUAACCCUAACCUAACUACUACUAUAACUACUAACUUAACCUAGCCUUAACCACGCCCCACGUCAAGCUGGGAAGCUCCUUUACUAAGGUAAGGCAGGAUUCAAUCAAAGGUGCUUUGUUGACUAGCUCAUUGCAUUUGAGCAACCUAUAUAUAUAUAUAUAUAUAUAUAUAAAUAAAAAUAUAGAGCCCGACAGUGGAGGUGUCAUAAUACCCAUAAAACCUAGCGGUCAAACAGGGAAAUGGUUCCAAUCGUUUUUCCACCAUUAAUCCCAUAGGGGAUUUUAGAAACACUUAAAAUAAGGGCUGUGUUUUGUGUAGGCUUACCCUGACAUUACUUUUGGAUAACCAUGUAAAUCUCUCUCGGACAAGGUGACUUUUAUCAAUAUAUUUGGCUCUAUUUACUCAAAUUCGAAAAUGCUAAUUAGCAUCAAAGUAGACAUCAUGCAAAACUACAAAUCCCUGCAAGCUCCUGCACGUCAUCUCUAGCUGACACCUAUUGUGUCAAUUUAAAACUUGCACAAGACAGUUCACAGAAUUGUCAAUUUAAAGAAAUGUGGCCAAUUAGUUAAUUACUACAUUUAGCAAACAUUAGAUAGUUAAUCCAGAGAUUCUUAUCUUUGCUUUGAUUCGGUUGGAUUGGAUUGUCCAGAUCAUCAUGUCAUUUGUAGUUCUUUAAGAUAGCCACAUUAGUAGCUAAUUAGCAUUUCAUUUUUGGGGGGUAAAUACAGGUGAUAAAAGUCACCCUGUCCUAGAGAGAUUUACACGGUUAUCAAAACGUCACACCAGGGUAAGCCUACACACAACACAGCCCUUAUUUUAAGUGUUUCUAACAUCCCCUAUGGGAAAAAGGAAUGGUGGAAGAACUGUUGGAACCAUUUCCCUGUUUGACCGCUAGGUUUUAUGGGUAUUAUGACUCAUACUGUGGUACUCUAUGGCCAAAUUAUCUUUAAAGGCCCCAUGCAGUCAUUUUUAUCUCAAUAUCAUAUAAUUUCUGGGUAACAAUUAAGUACCUUACUGUAAUAGUUUUAGAUUAAAAUGGUCAAAAAGAAACAAAAAUAGCAUUUUAGCUAAAAACUAUUUCUCAAGCAAGAAUUUUGCUAGGACUGUCUGGGAGUGGUCUCUGAAAAUGAAAAACUAGCUGUUAUUGGCAGAGAGGUUUGGAACUCAUUUUCUCAUUGGUCUAUUAACUUAAAUACCGCCUGGUGUAGUCACCAGGCAAACCAAAACUCCACCCAUGCAAAACCUGCUGAUUAGAAGGUCCUGUGUAGAUUAUUUUCAAUCAGCAACUAUCAGGAAAUAAUACAGAUCAUUUGUUCACACUAUUACAGUGUUAGUUUCAUCAGCUGUUGUACAAUAUAAUACAAAACGCAGAAAAAACUGAAUUUUGACUGCUCUGGGUCUUUAAGUGAUGCCAAACCAAAUAUUUAGUUACUUUUUGUUGAUUUCAGUUGAUUUGGCCAUAACAAAAAAAAUGUGGGUUGCAUUUAUCACUUCCAUUGAUUGUUUGCUAGCGAUGGCUAAUGUUGCUGUAGUUUGUAGUGGCUGUUUAAAGAAAACCGAACCAUGGAUUACAGUUUCUCCUGGCCCAUAGACUACUUUCAGGGUGAGGAACCAUCUUACAUCAAGUUGUAAAAUCCUGAACUUCCCCUUUAAUUGUUUAAUGAAUGUCUCUGAUUGGUGAAAUAGUUUUCUCACCUUGUGUGCGGUCUGAAUCAGUCCCUGAUUAGGAGGGAAGGAAGAACAGAAGUGUUUUGUUUCUUAAGGAGCAUAGUUGAAUAGCCCGUCCUGAUGAAACACAUCCUCUUGGUGUUUGUUGGUUCAGAUACAUCCUCUACAUGCUGACCUUUAUUCACAGUACAUUUGAAUGGGGCAUGCUGACCUUUAUUCACAGUACAUUUGAAUGGGGCAUGCUGACCUUUAUUCACAGUACAUUUGAAUGGACGUGACAUGCUGACCUUUAUUCACAGUACAUUUACAUUUUUUACAUUUUAGUCUUUUAGCAGACGCUCUUAUCCAGAGCGACUUACAGUUAGUGAGUGCAUACAUUUUUAAUUUUUUCCAUACUGGAAUCGAACCCACAACCCCGGCGUUGCAAAUGCCAUGCUCUACCAACUGAGCUACAUCCCUGCCGGCCAUUCCCUCCCUUACCCUGGACGACGCUGGGCCAAUUGUGCGCCGCCCCUUGGGUCUCCCGGUCGCGGCCAACUACGACAGAGCCUGGAUUCGAACCAGGAUCUCUAGUGGCACAGCUAGCAAUGCGAUGCAGUGCCUUAGACCACUGCGCCACUCGGGAGGUGGCGUAAGUACAUUUGAAUGGACGUGACAUGCUGACCUUUAUUCACAGUACAUUUGAAUGGACGUGGCAUGCUGACCUUUAUUCACAGUAUAUUUGAAUGGGGCAUGCGUAGGGAAACUAAGAUCCUUGUCCUUUUCUUCUCACUGUAUCUCCUCCUACAGUUGAACUAAAGCUAAACACACCAAACUCUGCAUACAUAUUCUGUUUGUGUUGAGGUGGUGCUCCAUUGUUGUACCACCAUACGUUCAUCCUCUAUUUAUAUAGCUCAUCCAAUGGGAGUAAACAUACCAUGAUAGAGCUCUCUCUCUCCCUCUCUCACCUCAAAGUAUUUGUUAUGGCUCUAAACUCAGCAUUACAUGUCUGUGUGUCUGUGUGUGUGUGUUAACAGGUCCAGGAAUACCAGACGCGGUUCGAGAGCAUCCCGGAUAUGCUGGAGCUUGAUCACCUGACUGUGUCCGGUGACGUCACGUUCGGAAAACAAGUUUCUCUGAAGGUGAGUUCACAGGCCCCUGAGUUGUUCCUGGCUAGGUCACAUGGUCAGGGAAACCUCUUGGCCCUAUAUUAUCUCAGAGCAAUAGCUGUGAUGGGCCAAGAUGGAAUGAAGGAACUUUACAAUAACGAUAGCUGUGAUAGCCCAAGGUGGAAUGAAGCAAGUUUAUAAUAACGAUAGCUGUGAUAGCCCAAGAUGGAAUGAAGGAACUUUACAAUAACGAUAGCUGUGAUAGCCCAAGAUGGAAUGAAGGAACUUUACAAUAACGAUAGCUGUGAUAGCCCAAGAUGGAAUGAAGGAACUUUACAAUAACGAUAGCUGUGAUAGCCCAAGAUGGAAUGAAGGAACUUUACAAUAACGAUAGCUGUGAUAGCCCAAGAUGGAAUGAAGGAACUUUACAAUAACGAUAACUGUGAUAGCCCAAGGUGGAAUUAAGGAGGUUUAUAAUAACAAUUUAUGGCUAAAUGCCUGUUGAAAUGUGUCAAAAAAAUAAAAAUAAGGGUCAAAUAAAUGAUAGUAAAAAGCAAAUAAACUAAACCUUUACGUCCCUCCUCUCUAUCUCCUUUCCUCCCUGUAGGGAACGGUAAUCAUCAUAGCCAAUCACGGAGAUCGUAUCGACAUCCCUGCUGGAACGAUACUGGAGAACAAGAUCGUAUCGGGCAACCUUCGCAUCCUGGACCACUGAAGCCUUUAACGACUAUCCCCAGCACCACCGUCAUGUGACCAAGCCAGACACAUCCACCACCGUCAUGUGACCAGACACAUACACCACCAUCAUGUGACCAAGCCAGACACAUCCACCCCAACCAUGUGACCAGACACAUCUACCACCAUCAUGUGACCAGACACAUGCACCCCAAUCAUGUGACCAAGCCAGACACAUCCACCCCAACCAUGUGACCAAGCCAGACGUGAUCCAGACAUACCCAACAGAUACUGAUGUGAAGUGAUGUCCAUGCAAUACUGUACCAGUAGUAUUUCAGCUCCCUACCCAUCAGAUGGCCUUACUUGAUGAGAAUGAUGAUAGAAGUCAUAUGGAUGUGAUAUCCUGUGUGACGUCAAUGGGAGUUCCAAUAUCCACUGUACAUGUUAGUACAGUCUUAGGCUGGGAUUCAACCCGAUCGCGGAUUUGGACAAUGCGCCAUUUAAAGGUAACUUUUGAUUGAGCCGACAUAUGCAGCGU